GAGCGCGGGUUUCAGUCGGCCAGCCAACUCGCCGAAGGCAGGCUGUGUGUUCGUCGCCCGGCUCCGCAGGCAACCGAAACGUCGUCUGCUUCGCCCUGUGUCGGUGCCGCGUUUGCGUCGCCGUCCGCGUCUCCGACGCGUGUGUGACUCCGGUUUGUGCGCCUGCGGCUGAUUCUUCAAACGGUUGUUCUCCCGCUGUGCGGAAAACUUCGUGCAUGUCGCGACAGACCGCAAGCGUUGUCGCUUUCCUUAGUGUUCCUCCGGUGUGUGUGUUUCUGGUGGACGCCAUUGCUGGUUCCGUGUGUGCCAGCCGUAAGCUCAAAUCCGGCGAGGAUUCCUGACGGAUUAAUCCAAGGAAACGCGACAGGUGCCGACUUGGAGGAGCGUCCAGCUCUUCCAUUUUCAAAGGACCGAGCCCAGGAAGGAGGAGUCGGCUCCGGCCGAAGACACCGAGACGGCCAUGAUUAGCCGGCGAAAAAUACUCUCCAGGUCUCGCGACGAGCUCAACGUAGACUUCACGACCGAAGACGAGGAAGACGUCUGGUACCAGAAAGAAAAGCUAUUUAAGGACCACAUACAGGAAGUUCUGAACAAAUGGGACCAAAUCGACGACGAGAUCUGGGCCAAGAUCAUCUGUAUGGAACGGAACCGGAGAGUUGCCAAAGCCUACGCCCGGGCCCCCGUCCUCACCAUCAACGGCUCCAAUGAGGGUUUCGACGGGUUCAGGAUCGGCCUCUGUGGAUUCGACAACCCCAUGCGGGACCCGCGGACGGACGAAAUCAAGAAGCAAGUCGGACACGGCGUCAAAAUCAAGAUGGACGACGCCGGGAACAUCAUGCUCAAGCGCGUGAGCAAAAGCAACGUCUACGUCAAAGAAAUCUCGGGCGGUGACAACAGCAGCGUCUCCUCGGAGAUCAUCCGCAACAACGGACUUCUGGAGCUCGAGAAGCCUGUCAAGUUCUUCGAGAUGAAGAAGUUCCAACAGAACGUGGCCCGCGAGCUGAAGCGGGCCUACCCUGACCGCAGACACCUCGAGGCGCAGUGCAUCAGCUGCGUCAGUUUCGUCAAGGACAGCCCGGAGCUCCUGGACUGUUCCUGCUGGGUCAUGGUCAUCAACAUUGUCGCCUUAGACAUGCUCAAGUCAAAGCUGCCUCCCCCGAUGUCCAAGCGACAGAGCGCGCCGAAUCUGAUGAGCGUGUUCGAGAGAUCCAGGAUAGCAAUGGAAGAGGACCCGUACAGCCUGCCCGGGGCCACGCCCAGGGGGCAGCAGCAGCAGCAGCCCGCCAAGGAGACCAGGCCACCCAAACUUCCGCCCAGGGACUUGCCAAGAGUGAGCGUGCCAAGGCCGGACUACGAGGACCACAUGGUGGAACCCAACAGCCGAUCCUCUUCGUCCAGUAACCGAAAGAAGGGAUACUACGAUGACCCGUACUACUGCGGCCUGAAGGCCCGGGUGCCCAACUUCGUGAAGCGCGGUCAGGAGCCCCCCGUGGGCGGCAUGGGCGGCCCCGCCGUCAGCGGCAACGGCCACCCCAUGUUCCGCAACCACAGCCAAGCCUACCUGAGCCUGUUCAAGAACCCGGACAGGUCCAUCUACGACUCGGCCUACGGAAGCUGCUCCACCGUCACCAACCAAGGGCACGUCGGUCACACGGGAGGCGGCGGCGGCGGCGGCUCGAGCGACGACGACUACUCCAAGAUCUACGGCCGCAUCCGACCCCAGCCCGGCGGGCCCGGCUACCACCAGCUUCCCCGCGAGGUCUACGUCGGCGAGUGGGAAUGACGCCCGCCCUGCGACGGCCCCGACCGCUCGCGGGGCCGGACGCUGCCCGUCUGUCCGCCGGUCCAAAGACCGCCCCCGCCCCCGCUGCCCCGUAAGGCCCACGACCACCGGACUCCCUCCAGGAGUCCGCAGCACGUGCGGCCGCACCAGCAGCAACCGUCCAGGGGACAGGCCACCAAGAAGACGGCAGUGUACGGCCAGGUUAGGGCUGCCGCGGCGUUCCUCUUCUCCAGGAAGCAAGAGGGCCGCUAAACUCGACUCUUCUAGACAAGCGCGCUCGCGAACCGGGUCCGAAAGGAUCGUCGCGAGCCUCGACUCAGUGAAACUUCUUAUUGUUGACGCGUUUUUUUUGUUAUUGUUUGUGUGUGCCUGGUUUAGAUGGGGAAAAAGAGGACCUUUUUUUGUUGGUUGUGUGACGCUGUAAGUCGUGCGCCCGAGGUGAGAGGGUGAAUGCGAAAAUGGUCUGAGGGACUGAGGUCGCUGGAAGAUGAAACGGACACAGACGUGAGGACAACAGCUUUUUUUUUUCCUGAUUGUCGGCGGCUUCCAAGACUCAUCCAAGUGUUGUGCUCUUAGGAAACGAACCGGACUUGAGGUCUGCCCGCUGUGACGUAAAAAAAAAGUGUUAAUUUCGCGCAAGUGUCCUUUUUUUUUUUUAAGUGUUAGGCGUUAUAUAGGGAAGAAGAUGAAGUUGCGACUCGAGUGCCGGAAUGGUGCUCUUUAUUUCUGCAAGUUUUGUUUCCCUUGUGGUUGCGCGAGUGCCCAGUGUGUUCCCGAUGCAAAAUGGCUCUCGUGUCUUCGUUGUUUCCACGUUAUGUUGUCGAUCGUUUAUGACACUUGUUUGUUUUGUUUCUCGAUUUCAAAGCGCCCUCCAGCUUACUUCGUUUGGCGGUUUCGCUACAGAAACAAAACAAGAAACAAAAAAACUCCCCUUUCUCUUUUAAACGUUCGACAAUUGGCCACCCUUCUAUCGUCCAUCGACGGCGAAACAUUGAUGGUGCUGUGCCUUUGAACCCUUGAAAGUCGAGACACAAGAAGCUCGGAGUGAGCUUCGGAAUACCUACGGAGCCUUGCAUUGUUUCGUUUUAACUUAUGAAACUCGCCUUCGAGAGUACGACUGUUUUUGUUGUUUGUUAAGCUCUUGUUACGAAGUGUUAAUCUUCUUUUUUUUUUUAAGGCUCCGAGGUAUUCCGGUAGGCCAAAGCUCUCGAGAAAGAGCGGCCUUUAAUGCAUAAUUAAGCCACGCAUGCUUACUUUUGAACGGUAACUUCCUCAGAAGUCCUACGUUAUUGUUUUUUUUUUUCCCUGUGUACUCCUUUUAACGCUUUAUCUUGUGUCUUCGCUUUGUAUCUUCAUACUGCAUUGCUUUGUUUUUUCACGUAAGCUUUUCUUUCCCCUUUAUGGUCUCUGUUGUUGCGACGAUGAACAUAGAGGUGAACACUAACCUCUGUGGCUUCCACUUUUUUUUUUUGUUUCUUUUAUGUGAGUUUGUGACAACUUUAAAUUGUGCAAGAAUCAUCUCUGUGUAGUCCUUAAAAACGCUUCCAAGGAAACAAAGAUGAUUGAUGGAAGAAUGGCGAUUUUCGAGACCUUCUCUUGUAAUUAAACUUGUUUCGACGAUUUUUUAAAAAUAUUUAAUGAACUCCUGGAGCUUUUUUUUCUCGACAAGUGCAUUCCUAAUAAAAACAUUGUUCGAGAAUUUUC